CUGCCGCGGCUCAACUGAACUCAACCGCUGACGUCGAUUUGAUCGUUGACGCUGUUGGCAUACCAUACCUCGACACGGCACUCUGCAUCCGGAUAUCUAUGAUAUCUAUGAUAUCUAUGAUAUCUAUGAUAUCUAUGUGGUAAGACGGGGUAUCACUAUGGUGUAUUAUUCCGUUUCAUUUCCAAAAACCUCGGAUACACGCCACACAAUCCCUCCAGUUGCCGUUUCGAAACACAGAGAUUAACUUCCAUGGUGCAGGAGCAGCACUAUACCAUCCCAGCACUACCCAAGGUUUGCCCGUAUGUAUGCUGCUCCCAGAGUCCCAGUCUCCACGCGAGGAUAAAUAGAAACUUAGCGGAAACUAAUCCUCCACAAGAGGCUGUUGGUGUGCGUUAGUGGUGGAUCCUCAGCACGGCGGGUUCCACUGCUGAGCGGAGUGUCAUCACCAUGGUGGACAUUACUACUGUAGUCUACCAGGAAGGAGGAGCGGGCGGAGUAGAGAUGGGAGAGGGAGAGAAGGGAGAGAAGGGAGUGGUGGAAGGGGGAGGAGUUUGCGCCUAUAUAAUAUAAUAUAUACCCCUCCUCUGGGAACUGACUGGGCUUUACUUUUAUUAAUUUUUACUUAUUUUUUAAACUUUCACCUUUCUUUUUCUUAUUUUUCAUUCAUUGUCUCCAGCUUCUCCAUUAUUUAUUUCUCCAGUUUCGUUCUCAAUUUCCCCAGAUCUUCUCUUGCGCUACUGAAAGGGCCCAUAAAAAGGACAUGGGAAAAAGAAAAUAGAACUAUAGAGAAGGACAGGAAAAUCUUCCAUACAUUCUCAUAGACCUACCUACCUACCUACCUACCUACACACAUACAAUACACAUACACAUACACAUACACUCCUACGAUCGAUUUUGCUUCUGUCGACGUUAUAUUCUCUCCUAUUCCCGCUUUUUUAACACCCACUCGUUCCUUCCAGCUGUGUUUUCACCAUGGCGGCUACCGACGACUUCAUGUCCUCCGGACGCCGAGUGCGUCGCAUCUCCAGUAUCGAGGCCACUCGAGCUGACCUCUAUGGCGGUCCCAGCGUCGUGAUCCCUCCUCAGCACCUCAUGGCUCGCAGCGGCGCCUACGAAUCUGCACGCUCGAUGUCGGUGGCGAAGUUGCAUCUUGACGAAGUCGUUUCCUCACCUGAAAUCACUCCUCGCGGAUCCACACCAACCUCUGAUGAUGGCCAUGCUACUGCUAGUAAAUAUGCCUUCGCGUUUGAUAUCGAUGGAGUUCUUAUUCGGGGUGGCAAAGCUAUUCCUGCUGCUAUUGAGGCUAUGAAAGUGCUGAACGGGGAGAAUGAAUUCAAGGAGAAAGUACCCUAUAUUUUCGUCACGAACGGUGGAGGCAAGACAGAAGAAGAGAGAUGUAUCGAUCUAAGCAGACAGCUAGAACUCGAAGUUUCGCCUGGCCAGUUUAUCUGCGGCCACACUCCCAUGCGAGAGAUGGCUGAAAAAUACAACACAGUGCUCGUGGUGGGCGGAGAAGGCGAGAAAUGUCGAAUCGUGGCGGAAGGCUACGGUUUCAAGGACGUCGUGACCCCCGGGGACAUCAUCAAAUACAACCAACACACCACACCCUUCCGAAAACUUACUGAAGAAGAAUUCAAGAACUCACGCACCCGCGACUUUGAAAACGUCGUGAUCGAGGCUAUCUUUGUCUUUGCCGACAGCAGAGAUUGGGCUGGUGACCAACAGAUCAUCCUCGACCUGUCCAUGUCCAAGGGCGGCCGGAUCGGCACAAGAUCCGAAACCUUCGACGAGGGACCCCCCGUCUACUUCUCCCAUAACGACAUUGUCUGGUCUACAUCUCACGAACACACUAGAAUCGGCAUGGGAGCCCUCAGAGCUUCCGUCGAAGCCCUCUUCAAAGCCGUCACUGGCAAGGAGCUCAAGACCAUCGCCUUCGGCAAGCCACAGCUAGGAACCUUCCAGUUCGCCACUCGACUGCUCCGACAAUGGCGCAAGGAAACGCACGGCAUUGACUCCGCGCCCGAUACCGUGUAUUUCGUAGGCGAUACGCCAGAAUCCGACAUCCGCGGCACAAACGAGUACAACGCCUCGGAUAAAUGUGAGAACGACUGGUAUUCCAUCCUAGUUAAGACCGGUGUCUAUGAGGACGGAACAACGCCACGAUUCCCGCCCAACAAGACGGUGAAUAAUGUGCUCGAUGCUGUCAAGUUUGGCAUGAAUAGAGAACAUCUAAAGGAGUUGAAGAAGAUGUCUCUGGAGAAGGCUAGCGUCGCUGUUGUCGAUGAAUAAGAUCGUGGAUAUCUUAUUUGCUUUAUCGUCUUGUUUUUCACUGGUAGACUGGGUGGUUGGGGAUUUGCUUUAUCUCUCUCUCUCUCUCUCUCUUUCUUUUUUAUUUCUUUCGUUUUCUCAUCAUUCGCAUUUUGUGUCAUGCAUUAUAUCCCGUCUUGUAUGUUUUUCCGCUUCGGUUUAUGCAAAACCAACCCCUUAGAGCUCGCAAACCGCCAUAUUACUUACCCCUACCACACUUUCCCUUACACAAAUACCCCUAUUUCACACCCAUCCUCGCUCCCUUGGCAGACUAUUUAUCAAAUAGAUGGGAUGGCAGGUGGGAAAAGUCGGUUUUCCAUACCAGAUGACAGAAAAUCCAUCACGACUUAAUGAAUUUAUGCUUUUGUAUCUGUUUCUCUUUCCAUGCGUCAACGCACACCCCUCACCGCCCCCACAGCAUCUCUUCUAAACGGGCAAACUGUACUCCAAUAUUUAACCAACCUUCCUUCAUAAACCCUAUAGCCCAAUAUGUAUUCCACACUUCCGCCCAAAUCUUCACCCAUCUACUCAUUCAUUCACUUAUCCCCAUUCAUGUUACAUCUAUAUAGUAUUUCCCGAUUUUUUAAACUAUUUUAUGUUUCACUCUUACCGGCUCUAGGCCGUCUUUCUCAUAUCUUAUAUUUCUAUAUUAUACUAUUUUUUUACUCAUCUUAAAACAAAGGGAAAAAAAAAGAGAUGUGGAGAGGAGCAAUGAAAAAAUCCAUUACUUUCCUUCCGUUUUCCUCUACAAUUGAACAUCUCAACCAAACCUCCAAGAUAUCCAUAUAUAGACAUAAAUAUAUACACGGGAUACGCAGAUGAGUGGAAAAUUAGAUAGAUUGAGAGGCUGAAGAUGCAGGGUACAUAUUCAGUAUCUGCAUCGCUAGAUAUAGAAUACUAUAUACAUAGAUUUAGGGAAAUUUCACUAGAUGAGAUUGAUUAGAGAGGUAGGGACUGAGAUUUGGUUUUUCUUUUUCUUUUCUUUUCAUUUUUUCGCGCUCCAUGAACUGUAUACCUACAUGUAUUGAAAACAAUUAUAUUUUAUUCAUUGAUUCGAUGACUAUGAAGAUGGCGCUGAGAGUGAAUAGAGAUAUAUAGCUAUAUAAAGGAUUGCUCGGUGUAUAGCUAAACGCUUCACACACAUGUCCACAUCCAAUAUUUCAGAAUUGUCAGUUUAUUAUGAACUCCUCUCUAGCU